AUGCCGUCAAUUAAGUUACAGAGUUCUGAUGGAGAGAUCAUUGAAGUCGAUGUGGAAAUCGCCAAGCAAUCUGAGAUUAUCAAGACCAUGGUGGAAGAUUUGGGAAUGGAUGAUGAAGAUGAUGAUCCAGUUCCUUUACCAAACGUGAGUGCAGAGAUAUUAAAAAAGGUCAUUGAGUGGUGCACCUACCACAUGGAGGAUGCCCCUCCCCCUCCCCCUCAGAACUAUGAGGACAAAGCAAAGAAAGUCAUGGACAUCCCAAUUUGGGACCAAGAAUUCCUGACAGUUGACCAGGAAACACUUUAUGAACUCAUGAUGGCUGCAAACUAUUUAGACAUCAAAGGUUUGUUUGAUGUUACUUGCAAGACCGUUGCCAAUAUGAUCAAGGAGAAAACUCCUGAGGAGAUUCGCCAGACCUUUAAUAUCGAAAAUGACUUUACUGAAGAGGAGGAAGCCCAGCUGCGCCGGCAGAGCCUGUGGCGUGAAGCGAAGUGA